AUGGCAAAGUCAACGAAUCUGCGCUCAACAUACCGCAUGAACUCGGGGCAUGAGAUCCCCGUUCUCGGAUUCGGGCCAACGCACAGCCCCUCCUCCAAGACCGAGGAACCGACCCUGGAGGCCCUCAAGACUGGCUACCGCCACAUUGACUCCGCAAUCAUGUACCGCAACGAGAAAGCCUGCAGCCGCGCCAUCCAGAACUCAGGCCUCGCGCGCUCCGACAUCUUCUUCACGACCAAGAUCCCCCCCGGCUCGAUGGGCUACGAGCGCACCAGGCGCGCGAUAGACUCGAGUCUCCGUGAAGCGGGCACGGAGUACUUCGAUCUGAUUCUCAUCCACGCCCCCUACGGCGGCAAGGACGGUCGACUCGGGUCGUGGCGCGCGCUCGUCGAGGCCCAGCAAGCCGGCAAGACGCGGUCCAUCGGCGUCUCGAACUACGGGGUCCACCACCUCAACGAGCUGGAGGAGUACAUCACUGCCGGCGAGGGUAGGGGGAAGAUCGACGUCGGGCAGUACGAGCUGCACCCCUGGCUGGACCGGACGGAUAUCGUCGACUGGCUGAAGAAGCGCGGUGUUGUAAUCGAGGCGUACUCGCCGCUGGCACAUGGGUAUUGGCUCGACGAGCCUGUGCUGAAGACGCUGGGGGAGAAGUAUGGGAAGUCUGCUGCGCAGGUGAUGAUCCGCUGGAGCUUGCAGAAGGGGUUUGUGCCUCUCCCGAAGUCGGUGACGCCGUCGCGUAUACAGGAGAAUGCGGAUGUGUUUGACUUUCAGCUCUCGGAGGAGGAUAUGCAGGCGCUCAAUACGGGGGAGUAUUCGCCGACGGAUUGGGAUCCUACGGUUGAUUCUGAUUGA